AUGAUUCUCAAGGUUGUUGAACCGAAACCGGUUCCCCCAGAGCCAAUCGCUAUAUGUGGAAUGUCUGUACGUCUCCCUGGAGGCCUACACACACCCCAACAGCUAUGGGACUUCCUGGUUGCCAAAGGAGAUGCCCGUGGCCAAGUGCCGAAGUCCAGAUAUAAUGUCUCCACAUACUACUCCGAGACCCAGAAACCGGGCAGCGUCAAGACCGAGUAUGGAUACUUCCUGGAUGAAAGCAUUGACAUUGCUUCUGUGGAUACAUCCUUCUUCACAAUGGGCAAGUUGGAGGUGGAGCGCAUGGAUCCACAGCAACGGCAGAUGCUGGAAGUUGCCAGGGAGUGUAUGGAAGAUGCCGGCGAAACCAACUGGAAAGGACGACCGAUUGGGUGCUACAUGGGUAGCUUUGGUGAAGACUGGCUUGAAAUCUGUGUCAAAGAAACCCAACAAUACGGCCAGCAUCGAGUGAGCGGAUAUGGAGACUUCAUGCUGCCUAACCGAGUCUCAUAUGAGAUGGACCUGACGGGGCCGAGGGGCGAUUGCGAGAGCGCUAUAGUUGGCGGUGCGAAUUUGAUAAUGGCACCAGGCAUGACAGCUGCCAUGAGUGAGCAAGGCGUAAUUUCACCGGAUGGGUCUUGCAAGAGCUUCUCUGCCGAUGCCAAUGGUUAUGCGCGAGGAGAGGGAAUCUCUGCUAUCUUCAUCAAGCCCCUGGCUGAUGCCCUCCGGGAUGGAAAUCCAGUUCGAGCGGUUAUCCGUUCGACAUCAUCCAACAGUGACGGAAGGGGUGCUGGAAUCGGCGCACAUGUUCCCAACGAUGUUUCGCACGAGGCCAUGAUCAGGCGUGCAUAUGAGGUGGCAGGUAUUACAGAUUACUCCCAGACCGCAUUUUUCGAGUGUCAUGGUACUGGCACCCAAGUUGGAGAUCCCAUCGAAACCCGAGCAGUGGGUCGGGUUUUUGGUCCUUCUGGUGGUAUCCUCAUUGGGUCUGUCAAACCCAAUCUUGGUCACGCUGAAGGAGCUUCGGGAAUUACAUCCCUGAUCAAGUCGGUACUAGCCCUGGAAAAUCGGACCAUUCCUCCAAAUAUCAAGUUUAAGGAGCGCAACCCCAACAUCCAGUGGGAUGAAUAUGGGCUCGCUGUUCCCACAGACCCGAUGCCAUGGCCUGAGGCCAGGAGCGAGCGAAUUAGUGUGAACUCUUUUGGAAUUGGAGGUACCAACGCUCACGUUAUUGUCGAUUCAGCUCGGAGCUUUGGUGUCUCCCCCGUUGCCACACGGCAUACCAUUUCGCCCCAGCUGCUUGUUUAUUCCGCAAACAAUGCCGAGUCACUAAAACAAAUGAUUUCCCACUACACAUCCUAUGUUCAGAAGAACCCAGCCAGAGUUGCCGAUCUGGCGUUCACUCUAGCUAAUAAAAGGGAGCAUCUGCCUCAUCGGGCAUUCUCUGUGCAAAGCCCAUUGGGUCCGCUCACGACUUCGGCACCCUCGAAAACUGGGGAGACACCAAAUAUCGUCAUGGUUUUCACGGGCCAGGGCGCUCAGUGGCCACAAAUGGGUGCCUCUAUGAUCCACAACGACGUCUAUCCCGCAUUUAAGAAGAGCAUUCAAAAUCUUGACUCACAUUUGCAAACCCUCACAGAUGCUCCAGACUGGAGCAUUGAAGAAGAGCUCUUGAAGGACCCCGAUACCAGCAGACUCAGCUCGUCUGAAUUAUCCCAGCCUCUCUGUACAGCAAUCCAGGUGGCUCUGAUCGAUACUUUUGCUUCCGUUGGAGUUCAACCUGCUGCUGUCGUGGGUCAUUCCAGCGGCGAAAUAGCUGCUGCAUACGCUGCCGGUGCUAUCACAGCCACCGAAGCAAUCACGAUUGCAUUCUAUCGAGGUCAGGUCACCAAGGCGCAAACCAGGCCUGGGUCCAUGGCAGCUAUAGGCAUGGGAGCUGAGGACAUCCAGGAAUAUCUACAGGACGGUGUCGUUGUUGCUUGCGAAAACUCACCUAAGAGUGUUACCCUCGCUGGUGAUACACAUGCUAUUGAAAAGGUAGUUGCCAUCAUUAAGGAGGCCCAUCCUGAUGUCCUGGCUAGACAGUUGAAAGUCGACAAGGCGUACCACUCUCAUCAUAUGGCUGAGAUAGGUGACGAGUACCAUGCUUUGAUUGAACAUGAAAUAUCCACCAAGGCUCCAAAUAAGUUAUUCUUCAGCAGUGUCGAGAACGAACUACUCACGGAAGCCCAACAUCUCGGCCCUAAAUACUGGCAGAUGAACCUUCAGUCUCCGGUCCUCUUCCGCUCGGCUGUAUCGUCUAUAAUUAAGCACCAGAUUUCGAAGAAUAUGGUGCUGCUUGAAGUUGGACCGCACUCCGCUCUUGCGGGCCCCUUGCGACAGAUCCAGAGUCAUCUUUCCACUUCUUCUCCUUAUAUUUCUACGUUUGUUCGCAACCAGGAUAGUACGGAAUCUUUCCUGACUGCCAUUGGCCAACUGCAUGUUCUCAAUGCUGUCCCAGCGUUGGAUAAGGUCAUCAGCACGGGCUCUACUCUCCCAGAUCUUCCAAGAUACCCAUGGGAUCACUCAAAGAAAUUCUGGUAUGAGUCUCGGUUGAGCAAGGAGUGGAGGCAUCGCGAGCACAAAUAUCACGAUCUUUUGGGUGUCCGGGUAACAGAGAGUCCUGACUUCCAUCCUCUGUUCCGAAAUCUCUUUCACUUGGACAACGCCCCGUGGAUUCGCGACCACAAGGUUGGUGAUGAUAUUGUAUUCCCCUUCGCUGGCUAUGCUGCGAUGAUUGGCGAGGCUGUGAGACAGGUUACCGGAGUUCGCGAGGCAUUCAAACUGCGCAACGUCAUUGUCAGCACUGCCCUUGUCUUGAAUGAGGGCCCACCAGUUGAGAUCAUGACAACAUUACAUCGCCAUAGAUUGACUGAUUCCCUGGACAGUGAGUGGUGGGAAUUUGCCAUCACUUCUCACAACGGAGCGAAUUGGAUCAAGCAUUGCUCAGGCGAGGUCAGAUCGCUUAACGAAUACCUUGAAGAUGUAGACAAGAAAGCCCCUCUUGUGCGCAAGGUUGAAACACGCCGUUGCUAUCAUUCUAUGGCCAUGUCUGGUCUGAAUUUUGGGCCAUCAUUUCAACGUCUUGACCAUGUCCGCUCAGACACUGUUUCGCAGAGCGCGACGUCUGAACUUGUUGCGAAAGAUACUGAUGGGGAUAACUAUCAUUUGCACCCCACAGUCAUCGAUGCCUCACUUCAGCUGCUCAGUGUCGCUGCUUCCAAAGGAUAUGCCGAACCGAUAACCAACAUAAUGGUUCCUACUCACAUUCAAGAGAUCUCCAUCUACCGCUGUUAUGAGAAUGUCCACGUCCAAGCUUCCGCAUCUUACACCCCGAACGGCUCUAUCAUUGGGAGUGGCCAGUGUAUUACUGCAGGGGGGAAAGUUGCUUUACGCAGUUCUGGAAUUAAACUCUCUGUUCUCGAUCAUCAGGACCCUGAAAAGGGGGAACCCCCCAUUGGCUGUGCAGAAUGGGCUCCCCAUAUCGACUUCCUGGAUGUCAACACUCUCAUCAAGCCAUUGAUUGACCGCAGUGAUUACAUGCCCGCUUUGACAGAGCUAUCUCAUCUGUGUAUGAUUUACACACAGCGUGUGAUUGCGGAUCUGGAUACUCCAAUCAGCCACAUGUACAAGUAUCGAUCAUGGAUUGAUCAACACCUGUUGUCUGUGGAUCUGCAAAGUCUCCAAAUCCUUGACAAUAUUGCCAUUAAACAGCGAGUGAAAGAACUCGUUGACCAAAUUUCCCAAACUAAUGGCGCCCAUCUUGCUGUUGGUAUUGAAGUGAUUUUCAAUAACGUCCAACAGAUUUUCACCGGGGAGGCUGAGGCUCUGGAUCUCCUUCUGACCGAUGACAUAUUGGCCAACGUCUACAACGCUAUGGAUCAGUGUGAUAUUUCCGAAUUCAUCAGGAACUUAACUCACACUAAGCCUAAUCUGCGUAUCCUCGAAAUAGGUGCCGGAACCGGUGGGUCUACAGCUAAUAUCCUGAAGCUGUUGACCCCUGGGAGUAGGACCCUAUACAUGAACUACACCUUCACGGAUAUCUCAUCUGGCUUCUUUGUUGCUGCAAAGGAUCGAUUUGCCAGUUACCCAAACAUCGAAUACGCUACUCUCGACAUUAGUAAGGAUCCCUCCGAUCAGGGGUUCGAUGAUCGCAAAUACGACCUAAUUCUGGCGACCAAUGUCAUCCACGCCACAGCAUCCUUGAACGACAGUUUAAGCAACAUUCAUAAACUUCUUUCUCCGACCGGAUGGCUCCUGCUCCACGAAUUGACACCCAUAUCCAAAUGGAUCAACUAUAUCUUUGGAACCCUGGCCGGUUGGUGGUACGGCGAGGUUGAUGGCCGGUCGGGCGAGCCGUACAUAGGCAUUGAACGCUGGGCAAAGGAACUCAAGGCCGCUGGAUUUCGCACUCCUGAUGCUGCAGUUCUGGAUUCGAACCAACCACAUCAGUUGAACGCCAUGAUCGUGGCGAGACCGGAGGUUGACAUCGCACCUAAGAAAUGCGUCACUGUCUUGACCCUCUCUAAAUCAAUGUCCGUAGGUCCUUUGCUUCAGGCUCUGGAUAACAGGGGAUACUCCGUUCAUCAUUCUCGGUUUGACGAAGAGCCCCUGCCUGAAGGACAAGAUGUGAUUGCCUUGCUUGAUGAAGAAGCCCCAUUCUUCGAAGGCAUGGAUAACCAACGCUUUGACUCUUUCAAGAAAUUGGCACACAGCCUAGAUCAACGUGGUGUUCUGUGGGUGACUCGUUCAUCACAAGCCCAAUGUCGGGACCCGAGAUUUGCCCAGAUCAACGGCGUAGCGAGGACGAUUCGCAAUGAAUUGCGUGUCGACUUUGCUACUUGCGAGGUUGACGAUCUUGAUGUCUCUUUUGAGAAACUCAUCGACGUAUAUGAGAAGUUCCAAGUCCGCCAGGAGGAUGAGACCCUCAAGCCUGAAUUUGAAUACGCUAUCGUGGACAAUACGGUACAAGUUGGGCGGUAUCAUCCUUUCUCGGCGCAAAAUGGACAAGAGGCGCUGGCUUCAAAUAGUAGCAUCGCCCUUCGAACAAGUAAACCAGGCCGCUUGGCUUCGUUACACUGGGCUCAUGGGGAUAUCAAACCUCUGGAGGGAGAUGAGGUGGAAAUCGACACUUACGCAAUCGGUUUGAAUUUCAAGGAUGUCUUAUGUGCCAUGGGUAUUGUCGAAGCCAAAGAAAAUGAAUUUGGCCAUGAAGGCGCGGGCAUAGUCCGCCGCACUGGCCCCGAUGUUCAAAGUCUGAAAGUCGGUGAUCGUGUCAUGGUCGUCGGGAGCUGUUUAUUUGGGACGCAAUUAGUUCUCUCCGAGAACCUGUGCGAGAAGAUUCCAGGCGGCUUAAGCUUCAGUGAUGCGGCCAGCAUGCCUUGCGUGUUCAGUACAUCGAUAUACUCCAUCUUUGACGUUGGAAAUCUGAAAAAAGGACAGUCCAUUCUUAUCCAUAGUGCCUGUGGUGGAGUUGGCAUUGCGACCAUUCAGCUUGCUCAAAUGGUUGGUGCCGAGAUUUACGCAACUGUCGGUAACGAGGAGAAGGUCAGGUAUCUCAUGGACACGUUUGGCCUUCCUCGGAACAGGAUCCUAAACUCCCGUAAUGCCUCGUUUGUUGAGGAUAUCAUGCGGGAGACAAAUGGACAGGGUGUCGACUUGGCAUUGAACUCAUUGUCUGGUGAACUAUUGCAUGCUACGUGGAAAUGCAUUGCACCUUUUGGGAAGAUGGUCGAGAUUGGCAAGCGAGACUUGAUUGGCUCUGGAAAACUUGAUAUGACUCCUUUCUUGGACAACCGGAGCUAUUGCUGUGUCGACUUGGAUCAAAUUUGUUCCAGAAAGCCGAUCCUUGCAAAGAAGCUGCUGAAGGAAAUUGUGGACCUACUCAAGGAGCGCUACAUCUCUCCUAUCCGACCUAUCAAAGUCUUUAGUUCUGAUGGAAUACACGACGCUUUCCGUUACAUGCAGCAAGGCACUCAUCUAGGAAAGAUCGUUGUCUCGAUGCGUGAUACUUCAGGCCAGGUCAGCGCUGUACAAAACAUCCAGCCACGAAAAAAGCCCACCCAACUCAACAGCUCCGGUGCAUACCUGCUCGUAGGUGGCCUCGGAGGCCUGGGUCGGGCUAUAUCUACGUGGAUGGUUCAACGUGGAGCUCGCCACCUCAUAUAUCUUUCCCGAACUGCGGGUUCGAGCGAAAGCCACCGCGAGUUUGCCCAAGAGCUUGCCAGUAUGGAUUGUCGUGUGGACUUUGUUCAAGGUAGCGUGUCCAAUAUCGCGGAUGUGACCACCGCUGUCACACGGGCUCAAGGCCGACUUCGGGGCAUCUUGCAGAUGUCCAUGAUGCUUCGUGAUCGGAGCUUUGAACGCAUGACACUAGAAGAGUGGAACACAUCUGUUGAUCCGAAGGUCAAGGGAACGUGGAACCUUCACAAUGCUUCUGUAUCUGCCAAUGCGGAACUUGACUUCUUUGUUCUUUUCAGUUCGGUGUCUGGUGUCUUUGGACUCCCUGGUCAGAUCAACUAUGCUGGUGCCAACACGUUCCUGGAUGCAUUUUCUCAAUACCGAUUGGGGUUGGGACUACCUGCUUGCGCGAUCGAUAUCGGUAUUGUCGAAGGAGUCGGUUAUGCUGCCGAGCAGGAUGAAAUCUUACAAAAGCUCAAAGCCGCUGGUGGUCUAGGCAAUACGGUCUCAGUGAGCGAGCUUCUGAGCGCGGUAGAGGCAGCGAUGACAUCUAUCUCAAGUAAUUUGAGACCCCAAGCAGGCAACUUCGGCGUUGGAAUUCGGCCCAACGUGCCUCUGGCCGAUCAAAGAAACCGUUUGGUCUGGAAGAAGGACAUACGAAUGUCGGUGUUCCAUAAUACUGGAGCAGCUGGUACCAUCUUGACUUCUGCUUCUGACGCUGGUGCUGGCUUGGAGGCUUUUAUUACACAGGCCAAGGGCGACGCUGCGCUAAUAAAUCAACCUGGAUCUGCUCAAAUGCUCGCCGUGGAAAUUGGAAAGAAGGUGUUUAGCUUCUUGCUGAAGCCUGAAGAAGAUCUGGUGACAUCUUGCUCCUUGUCUGAUCUUGGAAUGGACUCUCUCGUGGCAAUUGAGGUGAAACAGUGGUGGAAGGCGACAUUUGGGUUCGAUAUCAGUGUCCUGGAAUUGAUGGGAAUGGGCUCUCUCGAUAUACUCGGAGAGCACGCUGCUCAUGGCAUGCUUAGAUUGUUCCAUGGUGUACAAGAUCAAGCUGAUUGA